CAGAACACAGAUGCAUCGGCGAGAUUCGUCACGAGGCUCUUCGUGCGCGCUUUCAGCUGCAGAUCGUCUCCCGAAGGCCACAACCACCAGCCUGCUCGGACAACACAACUCCUCUUUUGCGAGCGCCGCGUGCAGCGAGUCACCAACGCCUAAUAUCCGCCUUCUGGCCGAUUCGUUGGUUUCCAUUCAACUCUCUCGGCAUCUUCGUGAUGCGUGACUCCAGCUCGUGAAGUCAGCACUCGUUACUAGACUUCCGUACCUACUCGGCCAUGACAAUGGCACGGAGUCCAUCCACCGCUUUCGACUUUCCGGCGAUGAAGUCACAGAUUAAGGGCGUCGAGUCGCUCGUACCGUAUCCCGUCGCGCUCGCCUGGGCGGUCGUCGCGACGCUCCUCCUCUUCUGCUCGCUCACCCUCGUCGCCGUUCAGCUUCCGCAGCGAUGCGCGCAGUGCGACUGCGACUUAGCGCAACGAGAGACGCUCUUAGCGCUACGAGGCAGAGGCGGAGGCGGCGCGGGGGAAGCCGAGUCGUGCUCUGAUUGGGUAUCGACCAGCCGAGCCGUGCAAAGCGGCGGGCAGAGCGGUGGCGAUAGUACCGCGACGCCUCGAGUCAAUGUCGAGGACCCGUGGGCGUUUACGAAGUGGACGCCCCGCGUGUCGCCGUGCCUUGUAGCGGGGCUGCCUAUAGAGGAGCUGGACGCGCACCUCAACUUCCGCCGCGGGUGGACCCUCGGCUUCGUGGACGACGUGGAGGAUAAGACGCUGACCAUGCCGUUCCUGCGAGCCGCGAUGGACCCGAGCAUGCACCGGAGGAAGCGGAGGGUUUUGAUCGACCUUGGAGCCAAUAAGUUCGAGACAAGUGUCACCUGGUUUCUCCGGAUGUACCCCCUCGAUUUCACCGAGAUUCACGCAGUGGAAGUGCAAACCGGCCUGUUCCAAAAGCCAUCUACACCGCCGCUUGAGGUGCUUGCAUAUGAAAUCAACAAGCAGUCGCGGCUGCGUCCAUUUCGCAGGGGACCCGCGGGCUUUCCUGAUUGGCUGCUGCAGCGCGUCCAUCCCUACAACUUCUUCAUUUCUUCCGAGGACAACCAAGAAGAGGGCGUAGUGAACGUGACCAGGUGGCUGCUGGACGAGCUGCAGUUGAAAGAGGAGGAUUCAGUCGUGGUGAAGAUGGACAUAGAGGGAGCAGAGUGGGCCGUGCUGCCGCAGUGGCUCUCCAUCCCCAAAAUGUCAGCGAUAGUGGAUGAGCUGUUUGUAGAGGUGCACUACCACCACCCCUCCAUGGAGGCUUUCACUUGGACGCCGAAAAUAUUCAACCACACGCUCGAUGAAACGUCGAGAUUGCUGACCGAUUUGAGGAGAGCGGGGUUUUAUGUACAUCCUUGGCCAUAGACAGAGCAGUUCCCACCUCAAGAAGAGUGUGGCUACGAAUAUGUAUUUGAUACUUUGAAUGGCAUGCACUGACUCCCACGUGCCAGCAAUAGUGGAUGAGCUGUUAAAACCCAAAUCCCAAGUUACAAGGCGCGA